AUGGGCAGUGGGCCCCAACAGCAGGGGUUCCUCACCGCCCCGGAGCCUCAGUCCCUCCUGGCACCCACCCCUGCGGGGGUGCAGCUCCCACCACCGUGCUGGCUGUGCCCAGGGCCCCCGGGCCCCACUGGGACCUCGAGCCCCCUGGGAGGGAGGUCACCACCCAGGCCAGGCACCCCGAUGAUGAUGCCAUGCCAGGGGCUCACCCCCCAAGUGCUGGGUCCCCCCCACCUGGCUCCUGGGGUGGGGUGGCAGGCAGGGCAGGGCAGCCGGGUGCGUGGGUGGGUGGGACACAGCUGGCCGCCUGCCCUGGACGACACGGUGUGUGCCAAGCCCCAGGCCCCAGCCCCCCGCCUUGUGGUGCACUCUCGGGUGGCCUGUCCCUGCCUCUGCGUCUCAGGGGCCCUCUGGGCAGGGGCAGGGGCCCUGCUGCCCUGCGAGGGGGACAACGCCGCCUGGGGAAGCCAGGAGGGCCCUACCGUUUCAGGAACCCCGAGGUCAGCUCCCGCAUGGGGGUUCAGGGCGGCCGUCGGAGUGCCAGCUGCCACUGCGGCCAGCCACCCGGAGCCCAGGCCGGGGGCUCCCCAGGUGUCCCUGGGGGCCGCGGCCAGCAGCAGCCACUGCGGGCUCCGGCGGCCCAAGCGCCCUGGCUCCAGGGGCUCCUCCACCUCCCGGCUCCCCGGCUCCGGGGUGAGCGACUGCAUCCAAAGAAUCUCGGAAUUGAGCAAGAUGUCCCAGGCCCCCACACAGCUGGUCCCACGGGGCUCCGGUUUUGCAAUAACAGCCUCCCUCCUGCUGGUCUCCAGUCCGGCCCCAGACAGCAGGGAGCAGACCCUGCAGGCCAAGGCCCGGGACACCCACGGGCACAGCUCGGCACCCCCGGGGGGCUCGGUCGGCAGGGAGGCUGAGCUGGGCUGGCUGCGGGGGACGGGCCCCCGUAGCUCCGGUCCGGUCACCAGGGCUGAUGGGAAGCACCCCUUCCCCACCUCCUCCAGGCCCGUCCUGCGGGGAUCCUGCCACCACGAAGCCCCUUCCCCACCACGCUUGCAUCUGGAGUGGGGUCCCGGGAUCUUCGUCCCCCUGGAAUGGCACAGCCCCUCUACUCUCCACUCCUACUGCCUGCUCACCCCGCUGCACCCCCUGAGCAGCCUGGGGUCCCCUGGUUGUGAGCUGCCUCCCUACCACCAGCUCCAGCAGGAGGGAGCCCCAUGUCUGGAUGACUUGGAGCCCUCGACGUGGGCCCCAGCCAGUCCCACAACUCCACCCAAGGCAGGGUCAGGGGGUCCCCAGGGCAGUGUGUGCGGAGCCAGCGAGGGGUCGGCCUGCCCUGGGAACCCCGCAGGCCGCACAUUUGGUGGGGACGGCCCCAGGGAGGAGCGGGGGUGGCCAGCGGGACGGCGGCCAGCGCUCCAGGCACAGCCCCGGGUGUCGGAGCCGCCCUGCCCAGGCCGGGCUGCCAGAUCUGAGGGCCCGGAUGGUGUGGGGACUUGGUCUGGUCUGGGGGAAGCCGAGAAGGCUCCCUGGAGGAAGGAACAGGCAGAUCCAGAGCGAGGACAGGGCACUCAGGAGGAGGUGGUACUUGUCUUCCUGCCUUUGUGCCCAGCUGCAGGGGCCACUGUGGCAGGCAGCCUGACCUGCCCCUGCCCACCCUCGACCUGGUGCCAGCCUGACCUCCAGCUGCAGAGGGCCGAACCCGGAGGCAUCUCCCAGGCCAUCGAAGCGGUCUCCAGUAAUGAAAACAGGGCCUGGGCCUCUGCCCAAGAGAGCCGGGGCCGUGUGCCCGGCAUGCCCCGGCCCAGUGACUGGCACUUCAGGCCACCAGGGCCCUUUCAUCACCACUUCGUGUGUGGCUUCUGCCCCCUGUGUUUCCUCUUGCUUCCCAGGCAGCUCAAUCGGGGUCUGAAGACACAACGUGGAAGGGGUUGGAGAUGCCCCUUUGUCUGCCGUCCCUGGCUGCACACCCCUCAAGGGGGCAAUAUGGCAACUCCAGCACGAGAGGACGCCAAGAUCAUCUGCCUAAAGCCGAGGGGUCCCUCCUGCGUUACCCGGCCAGAGGGCCCCGAGCCGAAAAGGCCUGCAGACGUGGCUCGGGGCUGGGGCAUGCCGGCACUUCACGCACGCUCUCCCAGACUCCCAGAGGGAGGUUCUGGCUUCCUGGGAGAGGUCGGACCUCAGGACACGGGACACCUGGAUGCCCAGAGCAGGGAAAGAACAGUGGUUCUCAACGGCGGCAGGGGCGAGUUUGCCCUCCAGGGGACAUUUGGCGGAGACAUUUGUGGUUGUCACAACCGGAGGGGGGGUGGCGGUGCUAACGGGCAUGCGGUGGGCAGAGGCUGCCCACCACCCUACAAUGCGCGCGGCAGCCCCCCGCCGCCCAGCGCCCCUCGGCCGAGGAGUCAGCAGCGCCCAGGGCGAGGCGGCCUGCGCCGGCAGACGGGCUUCCGAGAACCGGGAUCGCCUUCCCCGCAGUCUCCCCGGCGCGAGAAGAGCGCCCGGCAUCCAGGCGGCGCUCAAGAAAUGCAAGAAGCAAAGAGAACGAGAAUGAAGGGGUCGAGCCAGCGACGGACAAACCGACAGGCAAACAGCGGGACCCAGACAGAGACCCCGGCCCGGUCCAGCCCCGCCCCCCAGGCGGGACCCCACGGCCCGACCCCGACGCGCCCGCCCCGCGCCCCAUCCGCGCGGCCCCAAGGCGCGAGCCCCGGCCCCGCGCGCCCUGCGGACACUCACCCGCCCGCGGCCGCCCCGGAGCGGCGCCGCCGCCCUCCCGAUUCAUCGCGCCCCUCGGCCGGCGUCCGGGAAAGCGACAGGCUGCGCGAGACAGAAGCGCUCCGGCGCGGCGCCUGGUGGGACUUGUAG